AUGCCAAAAACUAAACCAGGAUAUUAUGCUGUACGAAAAGGAUGUAAACCAGGAAUUUAUUUAACUUGGGAUGAAUAUGAAGCGCAAGUUAAUAAAUUUCAUAAUGCUAUGUAUAAAAAAUUCUCUAUUCGUAUCGAAGUUCAAAAAUUUAUUGAAGGAAAAUAUAAAGUUUCUAAGGAUAAUGACCCUAAUAAUUUAAGCGAAAGAUUACCAGGUUCGGAACAGACUAACAAUCGCGCAGAAAUCUAUGCUGCGAUUAGAGCACUCGAAGUUUGUGAAAAUAAAAUAAAACCUUUGGAAAUAAUGACAGAUAAUUUAAUCAAAAGGUUAAAAAAACUUAUUGACAAUAGAAUAGGUACAGUUCGAUUGAUUCAUGUUAGAGGUCAUUUGGGAAAUUAUGGUAAUGAACAAGCUGAUAGAUUAGCUAAACUUGGUUCAUUACAAGAAGCAAUUGAAGAAAAUCCUAAAUUAGAAAUUU